GUAACAGGCAACGUCAUCACCUCGCCAUAGUGAUACGUGUAUGUUUAGAGUGGAGGGUGUUUAUCUUUCCGAAGAUACUCAAAGAUCAUUGUGAUGGAUCAGGUGAUGCAGUUUGUGGAGCCUGGACGGCAGUUUGUAAAGGACUCCAUCAGACUGGUGAAGAGAUGCACAAAACCUGACAGGAAAGAGUUUCAGAAGAUUGCCAUGGCCACAGCGAUUGGGUUUGCAAUCAUGGGUUUCAUUGGGUUCUUCGUCAAGCUCAUCCACAUCCCCAUUAACAACAUCAUAGUUGGUGGUUAAACUGUACUGGAGACUGAAGUGCUGGACUUGUGCCUUGCUGAUUUCCCCCCCCCCCAAUAUAUCUUUCUUGUAUGUUUGUAAAUUAAAGUAUUACAAUUUUGUUUUAAGGAAUAUGCCACACAUUCAUUACAAACUGUAUUUGCAUGCCCUGUAUUGUAUAAAAACCUUUUACAUGUAUUUAUAAUGUGUUUUGUUCAUUGGUCUGUUCUACAGCGAAUGCAACAAAUGAUCACAUCCCAGUAGGAUAUAGAAAUAAAUACAACAUGAACAAAGCAAA